AUGUGCGUGCAAAAAGCGUCGUUGUCGAAUGUAAAGAUGCAUUUUGUGGAACGCAACCACGCUGGAGAGCUCUGUGUUCGAACUUUAGAAAUAGGCGUUGUGGCUGCUGUCAAGCGCCGUUACCGCUACCAGCUCUUAGACUACGCGCUUGACCGGCGAGAGGAAGGUCAGCUUGAUAUCUACGAUAUUCCAUUGCAAAAGGUUGUAGAGUGGAUGGUACAAGGUUGGCAGCAAAUUCCGCGGUCACGCAUCAUUGCUAGCUUCGCGCACGUGGGCGUGAUGUUUACUACCGAGACAGGAGCUGCAGUUGCCCCGGACGACCGUAUUGAUGAUAAACUUGAUGCGCAGAUUCAAGUGCUGUUGAAGCGUUUAAAGCUAGUCAGUUUCAUGCGGCUGAUUGAGGUCGUGGCAUCUAGUUCUGAGAAGGUGUCCGACGAAAACCUGACAGAUGCAGAUUUUGCCGACUCGGCGCUGCAUGCCGCUCAAGGUACGGUUGGUAUACAAUUGAGCUCGGACGACCUGACCCGCCAUACGAUAGUGCAAGAGUCUACAAAAUCAGAUAGCUUGACACCAGUCGACAUGCAGGCAUUCUCAUCCAGUCCAGCUGCACCCCGCCGCAACAGCAACAAUGUCACCAGUGUACUGAGCAAUUACCCUGGUUUUGAGCAGGGGUACCCUGGCUCACUGGAUGAUUCGUGGUUGUCACAUGGUGCUAUGACCGCCCCUGGUCGCCAGCCUGUGAGCGAUUUGGAGGCGGUACAAAAGACGAUUUGUUUGGCGACCAGAAUGAAUUGUGAUCCAGUGGUGAUGUUGGAGCUCAAUCGAAUUAAAACGGAGGUGGCCAAUCAUGAUCCAAGCACGUCAACUAUACAACGCUGA